ACUCGUUCAGGAGGAUGAAGAAGAGGCGAGAGAAGACAGUGAGUUUUUGUCCGAUGAUUUGGAAGAAGCGGCUCAGAAUUUUUCGGAAGCACAGGAUAAGGGGGAAGGCGAAACCGAAGAGGAUGAAACGAAUGUGAGGAAGUACCAGGCGGAGGUCAUCAACGCGAUGAGUCAGGACACGCUUUACAAAAAGUUUGAUGCGGGAGAGUUGGAAAAAAUUGAGCAGGCGAUGGAGGAUUCGGACGAAACAUGUCCCCAAGAUUUUUCGCUUCCCUGCCCGCUUCACUUCUUCCGAACGAGUUCCGGAUGCGUCCCACUGGGUUCAUAUGAAGGGCCAUGUCGCAAGGUGCAAGACAAGCUGGUUCACUUGUAUGACCACCAGAAGGAGAGCUGGGGCGAGAUUUGUGACGCCACCUGGCCCUGCCUACCCAAGACGUGCCCCUAUGGAACGGACUACGAUGCGCUGUGUCCCAUAAACUGGACUGACAUAGGAAAAGGAACCUGCGCACGUGUAGAUGCAAGUGCAAGCGCGAAUACAAAUGCCACGAGUGAGGGAAGCAUAAACUUCUCCAAUUUAUCCAUCGAGGAGAAGAAAAAAAUGGAAGAAAAGUACGGCAUCAGGUGGAGGUGCAAAUCUGUCACGUUCGAAACGAACUUCGAUGAUAUGUGCCCCCUCAGUUGGCAACAAAUUGGAGAACACAAAUGCAAAGCACCAACUGAUUAUGACGGACCCUGUCCAAAAAUCGCUAAUUUGAAAAAGUACAAAUCUGAGGAAGGAAAAAGAAGCAUCGAAAAUGUCUGCCUUGUCAAUUGGCCCUACACCGUUACGGUAAACCAGUACCAACGGGAUUACUCCGCCCCGUGCCCCAUGUAA